AUGGGUGUGCAUCUUCUUUGGAAUAUACUAGCUCCCUCUUCUCGUGCUGUUAACCUUGAAUCUCUUCACAAUAAAGUAUUAGCAAUCGAUGCCUCCAUUUGGUUGUACCAGUUUUUAAAGGCUGUUAGAGAUAAAGAUACUAAUCAAGCUCUAAUAAAUUCUCAUAUUGUCGGUUUUCUAAGAAGAAUUUGUAAAUUGUUAUAUUUUGGUAUAAAGCCUGUCUUUGUAUUUGAUGGUGGUGCUCCUGAAAUAAAGAAAAAAAUUAUAUUUCAAAGAAAACAGAACAAAUCUUACAAUAGAGAAAAUUUAAAACAAACUGCUAAAAAACUUUUCAAUUUGCAAUUACAAAAAGAAGCUUUGAAAGCUAUUUCAAAUGAUGAUACCAGUAGCAGCAAAGCACCUAAAAAUCAACAAUCAUUAAACAACGAUAAAGAGCACUUUACUAAAAAUAACCGAUUCUUGAAAGAGGAUGAUUAUGAGUUGCCGGAAAUAAAAGCUUUUGAGUAUGAUAAAUCUGAUUUAAGAAUUAUUUCUGAUAAUGAGUAUGAUGACUAUUUUGCUUCAUUUGAUGCAGACAUUGAUUUCAAUGAUAUUGAUAUUGAUAAUAUUGAUCCGGGAUCCGCUGAAUUUGACAAACUAUCAUUGGCUGCCCAGUAUAUGAUUUUAUGGCAAUUAAGAUUAAAGUCAAGAUUAAGAAUGGGUUAUUCAAAAGAGCAAUUGGAAUCGUUAUUUCCAAACAGUUUAGAUUUCUCUAAGUUUCAAAUUAAAAUGGUUCAAAAAAGAAACUAUUUAACCCAGAAGCUAAUGAAAGUUUCUGGAAUGGAUAAAAAUGCAGGCUCGAUCAAUAUUACUAAUAAAAGGAUUGUAGGAGAAAAAAAUAGAUCUUAUAGGCUAGAAAAGAAUCAAACUGGGUGGAGUUUGGCUCUAGACAACCCAACAAAUAAUGCUGAUAAUCCUGUUGUCAUUGACGAGUAUGAAAGAGAAUUCAAUGACGACGACGAAGAGGAUGUCAAAUUAAAUCAAAACGGUUCAGAUGAUUCAGAUGAUUCAGACGAAUUUGAAGAUAUUCCACUUGAUAUUGAAGUCGAUAAAACAUCUCAAAAUUAUUCCUUAAAUUCUAUGCCAUUGCCGCCAAUUACUGAAGAAUUAGCAAAGGUUUUGAAUCUGAAUAGCUUAAACAAAACAAGAGAUCAAACUGAAAAAUUUAAUGAGCAACAGUUGAAAACAGCAAUUGAACAGUCCAAAAAAGAACUUUUCAAAAUUAGACAAGAGCAACAAAAUUUGCUUGAAGAUAACGAAGAAAACGAGUUACCUUUUACUUUUAAUUUUCCGAACUCUACUGCAAACAUCAAAAAUCUAGAAGCUAGGGAUUUUUUAAAGCCAAAAGAAUUUACCUUUGACAAAAGGUUUUUUCAAAAUUCUUUAUUGUUUGCCAACAAUAAAUCCGAAAUGAUUUUUGAAGAUAAACAUGAUGAUGAAAAUAAAGAUAUCAAGCUCAAAAGUAAGGAAAAUUUUAAUAUUAUGAAUAACGAAAGCUUAACUGACGAUAAUCAGCAUAGUAUUGAAGAAAAAAACAAAAAAUAUGAUUUACCACUGGUUAUUGAACCUUCCUGGUUUCAGCUGUCUCACAUAAAUCUAAAUCUUAACUCUGAAAAUAAAAAUAAAAAUCCGUACAAACUAACUCAAUUGGCAGAAGAUAAAAAGACUGAGGUCAAUAAUGAGUCUGAAUUUACACCUGAAUUAGUUCCUUAUCAAGAUAUAAAGGAAUAUAUAGAAAAGGAUGAAAAUGAGUCUCAACAUGUAGAUAUUUUGGAUAAUAUUGAUUUCAAAAAUGAUGAAAGUGGUGAUGAUGAUGAUGAUGAUGAUGAUGAUGAUGAUGAUGAUAUUAUCAUUCUUGAUAGUAAAAAGGUUGUAUUUGAUAGUAAUAAUAAAAGCCAAAAAGAGCUAGAAGAUAUUUUACAAUAUGAUUUUUUUGAUAAUGAAGAGCAAGAUUUAAUAGAAAACUUCUCAAAAGAAGAUCAAGAGCAUGAAAGAUUUACAAGAGAGAUCAACAAGAAGGCCAGUAUUAAUGGAAAUAAAUUAAAUCUUGAUGAAAUCGAAAUUCAACAAAAUUUAUUGGAACAAAAAAAAGGUCAACAAAUGAGAGAUUCUGAUGAGGUUACAAGGGAUAUGAUAUGUGAUAUCCAGGAAUUAUUAAGACAGUUUGGAAUUCCAUAUUUAGUUGCUCCGAUGGAGGCUGAAGCUCAAUGUGCUGAAUUGAUUAAAUUGAAGCUAGUUGACGGAAUAAUCACAGACGAUAGUGAUGUUUUCUUGUUUGGAGGCGAUAACAUUUAUCGCAACUUUUUUCAUGAUAAGAAAUAUGUUGAAUUUUAUGAUAUGUAUUAUAUUUUGAAUAAAGUUGGAUUGAAUAGAGAAAGAUUAAUUGAACUAGCAUAUUUAUUGGGCAGUGAUUAUACAGAAGGAAUUAAGGGUAUUGGACCAGUAAAUGCAAUUGAAAUUUUAGCAAAUUUUGAAAAUUUGGAACUUUUCAAAAUUUGGUUUGAAAAAACAAUUAAAAACCCUGAUAGCAUGACCAAAGAUGAUAAUGAUGUGAAUUUUAAAAAAAGGUUAUUGAAAAAACUCGUCAAAAAUGAGACUAUUCUUGAUGGGAAUUUUCCUGAUUCAAAGGUUAAAGAAGCAUACUUAAAACCAGAGGUUGACAAAGACAAAACAAAAUUUGUGUGGGCAGAUCCAUAUUUAGAGGGAUUAAGGGAAUUUUUAGAAGUUAAAGUUGGAUGGAAUAGAAGUAAAAUUGAUGAAAUUCUACUACCUGUUAUUAGGGAAAUCAAUAAAAAGAAGAAGAAUGGACAAAGAAAUAUUGAUGAAUUUUUCUUGAGAAAAGAGAUGCCAAGUAAUAAAGCAGGAAUUGGGAAUGAAAAAGGAAGUAAGAGAAUUAAAGAAGCAAGAAAAAAGUUGGUUAAAAAAAGAAAAAUGUAA